GUCCGUUUAGGAACUGGGUGAAUAUUCUUGAGUGUAAUUUGGCAGUUCUUCGUAUUGUAAUAGAAAUAUCCAAGGGAUACGCUCAUUCGUCAACAUCAUAAAUGGAAAACCACUCCUAGCGAUACAGAUCGAUUAACUAAAAGGCCUAGAGAAUCUUUGACUGAGGCUACCCACCCAGAAGUGGUAUGUCCUCAAGGAACACUAUGGUAUUCGAUUAAGACCUCCGCGGGGAAUGACACUGUCUUGAAGCCAUUUGAGGAUAAAUUAAAAGAGAGAGAGACCUUAACGUUAAGGCCUAGCAGUGGCGUGGAAUAAUUCUACAGCCAGAAAAGGGUCGACGGACAAGUUGACGGAACGCUGAGUAGAUUUGAUUCAGACCAUCGUGGUGUGGAGCCGUCUUAAAGCCACUGGGCAGAAAAUAAGGCGGAGGAUACCUUAAAGAGCCAGGCCUGUGUGUGGUGUGCUGGUGUGUAUACAAUCCUUCCGGUGGAAUAAGGAACAUGGAUAUGCAGUCAGAUUCCAGGGCCUCGACUUUCAUUCGGAAUCUUAAUGAGAAAUAUCGAAGUUGGUCCGAUCUGUCUCGUGUUCGCGAUAUCGAUGGGUAUAGUGAUAGCAUCACGGAAAUCUUGAGGGAGAAAAUUCAGAAUGAUGACGAGUCGCGAAGGGAACAAGAAGAGGAACUUGACCAGUUACAGCAAUCGCUGAAAGAUAAGACUGGCAUUGGUAUAGAUCUUCCCCCUAGCGGGCGCAGCAAGGCAUUAUACAGCUCGGGGGACAGUGGGUUUAGUCAAAGAAGUACGAAGAGUCAUCUGUCAUCAGAUGAUCAACACCAAGUCAGGCAGACCCAGACCAGCCCCGUCAUCAGGUCCUGUCUGGGCGGCAGCAUGAAUGGGUUAAACGGCGUGAAGAAUGUUGAUACCAUUUCCUGGAGGAUACAGCAUGCCCUGAAGGAGAGUGAGACUAGAAGGGAGCAGUUGGUCCAGAGGCUGAAAGAAGCACAUGAUAUCAUCAAAGUUCAAAGUGAUAAGAUGGUGAACCUCGAAUAUUCGAUGAAGGAUAACAGUUUUGAGGUUGAUGACCUCAAGUUCAGAGAAAAGGAGGCAAGAAACAAGCUCAUCCGGAUGGAGAAGGAGAGGAAUGAGUAUCAGGCCAAGAUGUUGGAGUGCUACAGGCAGAAGGAGGAACUGCAGGAAAAGUGUAAAAGCAUACCAUUGAAGAUCAUGGAGUUUCAUGAAUCCUCAAAGCAAAUGGUUGCCAACAUCGACAAGCAGCUUGAUGAGCUGAAGAUGCAGCAAGCGCUCUAUGAAGGAGAACUGUUCAGGAAACAAGACAUGUUGGAGAAGACAACCGCCUCUGUCAUGCAGCUGCAGGAUCAGAAUAGCAAGCUACAAGCGACAAAGGACAGUUUACAGCGAGAAAUGGGCGUCUUAAAGGAUACUGUCGAUAUAUCACGGCGGGGUACUGAAAAGUUAGAAAGUGAUUUGAGCGAAGCACAAGCUGAUCGAGAUGAGGCCAGGCGGGAAAACCGGAGUCUUUCUAGUCAAAACAAAGAACGGGCGAAGAAAAUCGAGGCAUUUGAUCAGAUGACGGGUAAACUGAAGGAUGAGUGUAGUACCCUGAUAGACGGCUACAGAUCACUAAACGAGGAGAAGCAGCGACUUCUUGGCGAGCAAUCUAGUCUACAAAUCACCCUGCGAGAUGAGGCAGCUACAGCGGUAAUCCUCCAGAAAGACAAGGAGAGACUCCUAGCCGAGAUAGUGGCUCUCAACAACCGUAUCAAAGCGAUUGCAUUUGAGCAGGAGAAGCUGGAGAAGGGUAAAAUGGCAAUUGAGAAUCAGAAUAUUGAGUUACAUAAUGAGCUGACUAGUCUUGGCAAUGAGCUCGAGCACAGGAAUGACGAAAUAACCAGUUUGGAAGAACAGUUGGACGAAACACAGAAGGAAUGCGAAGCCCUAUCGAAAGAACUCGCCACGACCAAGAUACUCCUCGAGCAAGAGCAGGAUCGCUGUGCCAGUAUAGAGAAGUGUAAAAGUCUCCUCCAACAGCGGUUUGACACCCAGGAGAAGCUUUACAACGGCCUGGGGUCUCAGGGAGAAAUGCUAAGGAAGGAGCUUCUUCUGCUCAAAAAGCAACUUGAAGAAGAGAGAGAUAAAGUUCAGGAAGCCGAGGAAAGAUAUAAGGACGAGGCCAGGCGGCUCAAACUACUCCAGAAUACCAUGGAUGACAAAUGUGAAGAACAUGGAGCCAUAAUGCGAAAGACUGACAAAGAGGUGGAGAGCUGGCAAAGGAUACAUGACGAGGAGAUUCAUCGGUGGAAGAACACUUGUCAGAAACUGACGGAGACCAUCGCAGAGCAAGAGACGGAGUUGCAUGACGUCAAGACAGCAAUGCAGGAACUUAGAGAACAGAAUAUCCUGUUCAAGGUUGGCAAUGAGAGCCACCAAGGCCAGUACGAGCAGCUCGUGGAGGCUCAAAACUCCUUGGAGAAACUCCACACCAAGAACAGACGGCUGGAGCAGACGUGCGAAGAGAAUCAACAAGUGAUACAGUUACUAGAAAUGCAGAAGAAUCUUCUCUCAAAGUCGUCGAGGGGAAGCAGCGAUGACAAAGAUGCAGAAAUCGACCAGCUGCGGAUUUCGGUAGAUAGGCUGACGGCAGAGAAUCAGUUACUACAGGGUAAAUUCAAAGAUGUUGCAAGGGUCAAAGAUAAUUUGAUCAGCCAGAAAGAAACGCUGUUGACCGACAGUUUUAUGCUCUACGACAAACAAUCGAGCCGGGACCAACUGACGCAAAAGCUGCAGGAGACUAAAAAAGAGAACUUGCAGUUGAAGAUGAGUGUUCAGAUUUCCAUGGAGAGGUUGACAUUAAUGGAAAAGGAAAAUAUGGAAUUGAAGUACACAGCCAAGAUGAGAUCUGAUACCGUGCCCAAGGCAUUGUUAGACAGGUGCGAAUUGGACAACAAACAGUUAGAGAAAGACCUGUCCCAAGUCCACGAUGAACUUGCCGUAUUAGAACGAAGGUACCAUGCGUUAUUGAGAGAUCAAGGCAAGCAGAAGAGUAACACCGCUACGGAUAUGACUGAAAUACUUAAGGAGAGAGAUGAGCAACAGAGUAAAUUGACCCUUUUGACGGGAGAAGCUGUGUUAAUGGAGAAUAAUAAGAAACGGCUUGAACAGCGGGUAGACCUACUCGAGGCGGAGCUACAGAGGUGUAAGGCUUGCAUGGGAAACUCUGCAAAAGGUGAUCGGUUCAACGUGAAAAUGGAAGGUGACUUAGAAGCGUUGAAGAGACAACUGAUGGAGAGCAAAGAGUCACAAGAAAAACAACAACGCAUAUUACAAAGCCUAAAACUGGAGCUGGGUGGGAGGAGGCUCCCUUCUUUCAACACGUCUAAUAAAGUAACGCAAUCGUUGGAGGACCUAAGUUCCGAGUUGAUCCAAAUGAGAAAGGAACUACACAGACUGCUCGAGAUCAUCCAGAGUAAAGACCGGGCGAUACAGGAUAUUGAGGGCCGGCUCAGGAACGCCAGGGAUGAGCAGAUCACAAAGGAAAAUGAGAUUCGAGAUUUGAAGGGUCGCGUUUACCAGAUGACGAGUGAGUCUUCGCAGUCUUUGAAGGCUCUCGAGGAGAAAUUAAAAAGUGUUCAAGGCGAACGUGAUGAAUUGUCACGAAAUGUUGAAUCGUUGAAACUCAGGGAAAACGAAAGCACGGCUUCUCCUGAUGAACCAUUAGAUUACAACCGGAGAUUGACUGAAGCCAAAAACCAGCGGAAUAUUGCGUUGAAGGAUGCGGCGGACUUACGGGAAGGAAUGCAGGACCUGAAGGUGAUAUUUGAAGAGGAGAAGCGACAAGUGAGAUCUUCCUUAGAGGAACAAAUACAACUAAAGGACAGACAUAUCACUGAGCUCAAGGAGAAGCUGAGGAAAGCUAUGGAAGACCUCAUCAAAUAUAAAUCAGAGGCCAGAAAAUGUGAAAUCCUUCACUUUUUCCCAAAGACAAACCUACGACAAUUGUCUGAUCCAAGGCUCAGUCGCACCCCAUCGGAACGGAAGCCUGCCUCUGAAAGACCCGCUCAUCCAAUCCCACUACGGUUUUCUCGUGCUCCAACCCUCUCAGAUUCGAAUCUCAGCAACAUUGGCGCCAAGGGGAAGAAAGGGCGGCAUGCACCGCCAAGUCCGUUAUCACUGUCAUCGUUGUCGUCAAAGAUACCAAAGUCAAACAUGGAGGACGUCAGAGCCAUCGCUAAAUCUGCCCCGCCCAUUAAAAAUACUGACGAGACGAAUCCAGAGGGAGUUGAUUCGGUUUACAAUAGCAUGGAUGUUGAAAGUCCAAAUAGUCCUAAGAUGUCGGUGUCGGGUUCCACAACACCUGUGACGGAUGUACCGGACGAUAGCGGAUGUGACGAGACACGAUCCCCGGAUGAUGUAGAGUGCACGGCAUGUGAUGAAGUAACGGAUGUUGUUGAUGCCAUGGCAACGAGUAAUGGAGCUUCAUCUAGCAGCAAAAUAAGAAGAGGGCGGGUAACUCUUGAUAAAAUAAGCCAGGAUGAGAUCAUGGUGUUUUGAGAAGAUAUCCAUCUGGGGCGUUGUUACACCCUCUUCUAUCAAGAGUUCCCCAGGGCCCGUCGCACCACGUUCCCCGCCCUCACCUAGGGGGCGAUUAUGAUAUGUGUCUGCCAGAUAUAACAGUGGAAGAGGUACCUUAGAUGGCAGGAAUGGACUUAAGUUAUACGGAUAAUUUCAUACCUUCUCACGGCACUGUUGGUGAUCAUGGCUACUUCUUUCUGUACAAUCAUGAGGUUCCCUCGACCAUCUGAUACAGAUCGCUGGUGAACCAGCGCUCAAUGUUGCUCUAUUGACCAGGUGCAGUGGUAGCUUGGUUUUAGUAAGGGAAAAAUCCGGUCGUUUUUACGUCAGAAAUUGUUUGUGAUUUCCAGCUGAUUAUUCUACUGACUGACACUCCUAUCAUGUCUUCAGAUCGCUGUCGCUGGCAAGGCACUAUCUACCAUCAUCGAACUGGUGGUUUUCUUAUUGGCAAUGAAAACAUUGACUGUUGUGAUUCAAUCUGCCGAGAAAGGGAUAAGGAAGUGUUUUUUCUUGCAAGCCUGCAGCUUACUCCGUCUUCGUAUUUGGCGAUAUACAGUUUACAUUUACCCCGGCUCAAGCCUGUUAUCGAUCAUCAUCGAUGGUCGUCCUCUACGGACACCCAACCAAUUUGGAUGAGGUAUUUUUCCUAUUUUUUUCAGCCAGUAAUGCCAAUGUCACGGACACCUCCCAGCAGCCAAUUUUGCUCUGUCAUCCAUUUCCUCUUCUGAUCUGUUCCCCUCGGGAGAAGCUAAAAAAGUGGCAUCGAUGUUAUUUCGUGAUAUUUCGGUGAGAAUGAGAUCUAUUCGUGUUUGUAGGUCGUUUGUCCUCUGGCACGUGGCCUUGUAAAAGCUUUCGUUGUCUCCUAGUUAGCUAGGAGACUCGUCUUCUACGUGGAGGUGUCCAUUAUCGAUAAAUAUGAAGUAGUUUUCCCAAGGUCGGAAUGUUUUUUUAUUUACCUGCUUCAAUUGAUAUUCAAAAGAUGUGUUGCCAUGUACAUAAAUGUAAACAUGUUAUAACAUUAAAUUCUUUCAAAUGUUAUGGUAUAUCAUUCUUAAGCGAUGAAUUUCGAAUUUCCAAACAUACAUAGAGACAUAACUCUAGCCUCGUAACGUUUGUAAUGAUAAUCUAGUCAUUUUUAUAUGGCUUGUAUUGUUUUGUAGUGUAUAAAUCAUGUUUUGUAGUGUAAAGCAAAAUGACUGUAGAA